AUGGUACUUUGUCUUGUUUUAGGCGAGGAAGUUACGGAUAGAUUUAUAUUUGAUAUCUCCGUCGAAAUGUGGACUUCUAUGAAGAUUUCGCAUCUCCGAGAUGGUAUUAAAGAGAAGGCAUCUUUGAGCGUUCCUGCACAUAAAAUCAAGUUAUGGAAAGUAGCUAUUCCUACCAAAGACAUGAAUGACGAAAAGAUGAAAAUACUUAUCAACAAGUCUCAUGAAUCUAUUAACGUUAAAGAGGAACUCGGGGGUGAACUAUUGGACGCAGAGGAUUCUAUUAUAGGAUCAUCUUCUGUCCCAGCAAAACGGCAAGGCGAACCUCAAGAUUAUAACCGUAAGCCUGUUGCUCCUUCAGUCACGGAUUUUUGGAAUAAACUUUCAGAAGCGCAGAUCAUCCUUAAAUUUCCAAAAGACUUUAACAAAACUGCAUUCACUCCAUCUAAAUACAUGAAAAUUGAAGGAGAUGAAAUUGUGCUGGAUAGCGAUGUAAUGUUGAAUGCACAAGAUGAGUUAAUAUUUAAUGAUGGUAAACCUGUGCUGGAAUCAGUAGAAUCAUUGAAUUUUGUGAAAUUUUUACGUUUCUGUGAAUCACCAGAUGGAAUUGUUUAUGGAAUAAAAACACGGGAUAUAUUAAUAAAGAAAUCAUACCUGCAGAUGAUUGAAAAGCUCGAAACUGAUCGUAUUAAAGAAGAAAUAAAAGGGUGUACCAUAGUUGGAUCACCCGGCAUUGGAAAAACGCACUAUUCAUUGUACCUUGCUUUCUAUAUUACUCGUCGCUAUUCUUCAGCAGAUUUUGUCUAUCAACAAUUAAAUGAAGGCAAAUCUUAUACCCUUCAUAUCAACAAAAAAAACAAAAGUGUAAUCGAACUUCCUCUGGGUUUAGGAGGCGAAUACCCAGCAAAUAGUUACUAUAUUGCUGAUUCUGUAAUCCCUUCUCUAUGUAAGACGAUUUUCACAUUUCUAGUAACGACACCAAAAAGUGAUCGAUGGGAACAAUUUAUAAAGACACAUCCUAGAAAUUAUUAUGCUCCGAUUUGGACAGAGGAAGAAAUCUGGAGUGUUUGGAAUUGGAAUGAUUAUUACAAGAAUAAAAUACCUGAGACUCGAGUCAGGGAGCUGAUUGAGAGGUGGGGAUGCAUACCACGACGAGUUUUUGUUGAAUAUAAUGAUGAGCCAGAUCUUGAUCGUUUACUCUCUCGCUGUAAUAUUCACGAGUACCUUCAAAAUGAUGGGACAGGGUUACAUGAUAAUUAUUCUGGAAAUAUUAUACAUAUUAUUCCUAAUUAUGAUUUUACAAAAAAGGAAUAUGCUCCCGCUUCAAAUGAAAUAAGUAAAGCUUUGUACAAUUACUAUGCAAAGAAUACAAGAGAAACAAUCAUUAAAAUAAUUCGAGAUUUUGCAAGGACCGCCGGUGGUGGUGAUUUUAAGGUGCGACGCUUAACUGAAAAAAACGAUAAUUUAUUUUCUGAAGAAACAGAAGCACUCCAACUUCGCGAGUUGAAGAUCAACCAGUUCCAUGACAUUAGGGACAUAGCUUCAGAUUAUUAUAAUAUUCCCGAAGUUGAAAAUUUUGAGUCUGUCGACUCUAUUGUGCCUAUCUAUGGUAAUCAAGCUAAUUAUUUAUAUCAAAUGACAAUAGCAGAAACGUAUAAAAUCAAGGUAAAUGGUCUUACUAAAUUACAAAAUAAAAUGGAUAUGGAUCUACCGACGCAUCUAUAUUUCGUUGUUCCAAACAUAAACGAUAUGUUUGAUAAUUAUUAUUUGCAGGACUAUAUUACAGUAGAGAGAAAAAA